AUGGCGCCCCCGGAGUCGGCUGCCUCCCCCAGGGAGAACGACGAGGCGAGGCAGCAAGUCGAAAGGGAGGCAGCAGCAGCAGCAGCAGCAGGAGGCGAAGCAGAAGCAGCAGCGGGAGCAGCAUCCGAAACAGCAGCACCAGCAGCAGCAGCAAAUGGAAAGAGUCCACUACAUGACUUGUGGAAAAAGAACGAGGCGAAGGCGAAGCGCGUGGUGAAGCUGCUGCGCCGGAAACGGCAGAAGCAGCAGAAGCGGCAGCAGCAGCAGCAGCAGCAGCCGGAGGACGAGGGCGCAGCAGCAGGCAGGCAGAAGGCGGAGCUUCUUGCUGCAGUGCCGCUGCGCAGCAAACAGCGCGAUCUGCUGCUGCCAGUGGGCCGCAACAAAAAGCUGAAGAAGAAGCUCGAGUUGCUGCUGCAGGUAAACCCUCAAGAUGCAGAAACGGAAAGCGAAGAAGAAGACGGCGAGGAAGACACCGACAGCGACGAGGAGCAGCAGCAGCAGCAGCAGCAAGAUGUAGAAAUUGAAUUUGUUCCUGCGAAGGAAGCAGAAGGUGCCGAAGGGCUCAUUGCGCAACUGGCUGAAGCCUUCUCGGAUGUUUUCGAGAAGUUCAGUUCGCAGCUGCAGCCGGAGGAGCAGGCCGAGGCGGAGGAAGAAGAGGAAGAAGAGGGCGAGGCGGCGCGGGAAGAAGUGAUGGGGUUCGAGUCGGGGUCUGAAGAAGAAGAAGAAAAGAAAGGAAAGCGGGAAACCCGGAAGAAGCUGCGGCAGCAGCAGCGGCCUUCAGUUUGCUGCCUCAAGCAGCAAACCGCCCGCCCAGACCGCAUCGAAGUCUGGGACACCACUGGCGCCGACCCUUUCUUUUUGGCUUUUCUAAAAGGCCUCCGAAACGUCGUGCAAGUUCCGCAGCACUGGUCGCAGAAGAGGCGCUACUUGCAGUGGAAGCGGGGGUUUGAGAAGCCCCCCUUCAAGCUGCCGCCCCACAUUGAAGCCACGAAGAUUUCAGAAGUCCGAGCAGCUCUAGUGGAAGCUGAAAAACAAAAAACUAUGAGGCAGCGCAUGCGCGAAAAAGUCCGGCCCAAGGCCAACCGCCUCACAAUUGACUAUCAGGUGCUGCACGACUGUUUCUUCAAGCACGCUGUGAAGCCCCCCCUGACUAAAAUGGGGGAUUUGUAUUAUGAAGGAAAAGAGUUUAUGCAAACAAAAAGAAAUAUAAAACCCGGAAAGCUUUCCGACAGACUCAAGGAGGCCCUCGGCAUGGGGCCCCUCUCGCCGCCCCCCUGGCUGCUCAACAUGCAGAGGUACGGGCCACCGCCGGCGUACCCGCGUUUGCGGCUUCCGGGGCUGAACGCGCCCAUCCCCGCGGGGUGUACGUACGGCUACCAGCCCGGGGGGUGGGGAAGACCUCCUGUCGAUGAAAAUGGAUCAUUAUUAUUUAAAUUAGAAGAAGAUUUGGAAGAAGGAGAAGCAGAAAACGAAGACCUCGAGGCCUCCGAGAGCCUGUGGGGAGAGCUGCCCCCCGACGCGGAGGCGCCCCCCGAAGAGGAGGAGCCCGAGACAGAAGGCUCAGCAGAGGGGCAGCAGCAGCCGACAGCAGAGACGCCGUUUGGGGGCACGUCGAGCGUGGGCCUGACGAGCAUGGGCCUGGAGUCUCCUGCUUCUCUGGAGCUGCAGCAGCUGCAGCAGCAGCAGCGGGGAGGUGUCUCCUCUGUUGCUUCUUCGGGCCCGAAGGCCUACACUGUACUGACACCUGAGGAGACACAAGUGCAGCAGGGGCAGCUCUUCGGAGUCCGCCACACCUACAGGAUUCCCGCGGGGGCUUUGGCGGGGCAGCAGCAGCAGCAGCAGCAGCAGCUGCUGCAGCAGGGAGGCGCCUCAGGUGUACAGACACCCGCGGGCAUCGCCACGCCCAGACUCCUCAGCGGCAGGGCCUCCCCUUUUGUUGCAGGGCUUAGGAGUCCCUUUGCUCCUGCUGCUGCUGCUGCAGCAGCAGCAGCAAGUGGCGCCAACACGCCCCUCAUGGCCCAGCGGGGAGGAGCAGCAACUCCUGCUGGAGUCACUGUCUCCCUCAACCCCAACGAAAUGGAGCAAGAGGGAGCCUUCACUGCUGACGUGAUUCGCCAGCAGCUGCGGCAGCACGAGGAAGCAGCAGCAAGAGCAAAAGCAGCAGCAGGACAGAUAGACCCAGCAGACCAGCGCAAGAGGAAAGGAGACGAGCUGCGGGGAGUAUCGGCAGCUGCAGCGAAAUCGAAGAGGAAGAAGCAGUUCAAGUUUUAA